AUGAUCAUCGAGCUCAGAAAUUCAGAGAUGGCUUCAAUGGCGGCCAGUUCAAUCGCCGCACCUUCUUCGGUUAACAAAGGUCGACUCUCUUCCCUCUUCCUCUCCCCUCCCGACAGACUUCCCCACAGGAAUGCUUUCUUCUUGCCCCUAAAGAAACUUGGAUCAUCAUCGGCGGUUCCAUUGGCUAAAACCGACGCUGGCUUGGCUUUCUCGCCGCUGCCCCUGGGGAAUCGGAGCUUCCUACCGACGGUGGAGUUGUCGACUAGGGUGUUGGGGUUCUCCCUUUCGAGUCAACUGGUGAGGAGAAGGCCCAUUGAGCGUCUGGUCGUUAAGGCGGCUGCUGCUUAUGAAGAAGAAGGCCAUUUGGAGCCAGCUGCAAAGAGCUUUGGUGAGAGAUUUCCUGCUCUGGUUACUGGCUUCUUUUUCUUCACUUGGUACUGCUUGAAUGUGAUCUUCAACAUACUCAACAAGAAAGUCUACAAUUACUUCCCUUACCCCUACUUUGUCUCUGUGGUACAUCUGCUAGUUGGCGUGGUGUAUUGUCUUGGUUCUUGGUCUGUUGGCCUGCCGAAACGAGCUCCGAUCAAUAAGGAGCUGCUGCUGGUAUUGACUCCAGUUGCUUUCUGUCAUGCUCUUGGCCAUGUCAUGUCCAAUGUAUCAUUUGCAGCAGUUGCAGUGUCUUUCACACACACUAUUAAAGCGCUGGAGCCAUUCUUUAGUGCUGCUGCUUCUCAGUUCGUUUUGGGCCACCAGAUUCCACUUUCACUGUGGCUUUCCUUAAUGCCAGUUGUUCUUGGUGUCUCGAUGGCUUCUCUAACUGAGCUUUCUUUCAACUGGACUGGUUUCAUCAGUGCCAUGAUCUCCAACAUUUCAUUCACCUACAGAAGCAUCUAUUCUAAGAAAGCAAUGACUGGCAUGGACAGCACGAAUGUUUAUGCUUACAUUUCAAUCAUCGCACUCUUUGUCUGCAUACCACCGGCAAUACUGAUUGAAGGCCCUAAGCUGAUGCAACACGGUUUCAGCGAUGCCAUUGCCAAAGUUGGGUUGGUCAAGUUCUUGUCUGACUUGUUCUGGAUAGGAAUGUUCUACCAUCUCUACAAUCAGGUUGCCACAAACACACUGGAAAGGGUUGCACCACUCACGCAUGCAGUAGGGAAUGUGUUGAAGAGAGUGUUUGUCAUUGGCUUCUCCAUCGUCAUAUUCGGCAACAAGAUCUCCACACAAACAGGAAUUGGUACGGCCAUAGCCAUUGCUGGAGUUGCAAUGUACUCUCUGAUCAAAGCUAACAUGGAAGAGCAAAAACGGAAGGCAGCUGCUGAAGCACCAUCAUCAUAA